UAUUGACGUUUCAUACGUGAUUAAUCUACUUUUGUUACACGGGACUUAUCAUUUCAUCCAGUCUCGCAACGGCAACAACAGAGUCACGAGAGAGCUUGUUGCUCCUUGUUUUACAUUCUGCCACCUCUUACCUGGGUCCAAAGCGCACCUUGAUUCUAGAGUGUUGGUUGCUUGUUGUUCUCCUCUUCCUGUCCUUUGUUUCGAGAACUGAAAAAUUACAACAAUCAAGAUGGGUAGCUGGACGUCAUUUUUCCGAUGGAUAUUGCUGGCUGCUUGGAUGGCAACCUCAGUCCACACACAAACAUUACAACCACUCCAAACCGUAGCACCGCAAUUCCAGACGACAACCCCCGUUACUGCCGCCACAACAAAUCCCGCCUUUGCGACGACAAACCCGGUUACAACUGCCACGGCGAAUCCGCAAACGGCAGCCACCGUGGCCACAAUCCCACCCACCACGCUGGCGCCCAAUGCGGACUGGACGGGAUGUGUCGACCCCGAUUCUCCUGACGAACCCAUUCGAAUUGGGAAAAAGACCACAAUCUGCAUCAUAUUGGGAUCCAAUACCAACUGGAAUGCCGGAGUGCCUCCUGUCCGAUACCUGCGUCUAUCCUUCCAACCAUUGGCAGACGAGUACUCUCGAUUCCAUGUGCCAAGUUCCUACCAGGACCUUGUUACCACUCAAGCAACCCAGGUGUACAAUGGAAACAACAAUGUUACAAUCCAUGUGGCGUCGCAGAAGGUACUUUCCUUUCAACGUAUCUUUUACGAUCCAAACCAGGGCUCCGGACGAGUGUAUCCCCAUUUGACGGCCAUUAUUGAUGUCAGGAAGGGCAUUGUAGAUGGUAUCACCUGGGACGACGGAUGUCUCUUUUGCGGCAAUGACAAAUGCCUAGAAAACACAUACGACUUCAAUGGAAACGAAGGCAACCAAGAAACAUUUGGGCAGCCCACCAAGGGAUGCUUCAUUACUCAACCGGAAUGUGCCGCCUUUUUGUUGAAUCAAGAGCCACGCUGUGAUGUUACCGUGUACGUAGUGUGGACUGGUGAUGAUGCCGAUGGUAGGGCUUUGCAGUCGUCAGCAUUCCGCUUCUCGUCCUUCCCCGAACAAGAGUUGGCCAACCGAAUUCAGGACAGUUUGCCAGAACUCCCCUUUGGCCUGACUGGUGGAUCUACCUCUGAUGCAGGUGGUGCAGCCUAAGUCAAAGUAGUAGUUCUUUAUCAGUGGUAGUCGAGGUAUAUCGGUACAUUGUGCCGAAGAAUACUAAUUAAACGGGUCAACAUAGAGACGAAAAGCAUUGAAUGGAUCUCGAUGCCCACAAGAAAUACGUAUUCGCCAGUCGGAUGCUAUGGGUAGCUGUAGGCUCCAUAAAGAAAGGUACAUCAUACGUUUUGAAAUUGCACUAUUUAGCUGCUUCAAAUAGGGAGCAAAAGCAGUGCGAUUGUAGAGGACUACGCAACCAAGAAUCUAAGAUCCAACCGUUUGCACACCACCGUCAUUUCUUCAGUUUCAGAGUUGCCUUCGUCUCAGAUGGUUCCUUUGCUCACCACGUCUUCCGUUUCAUCCUUCGUGAUCAAUGAACAUGGUACCUUCGCUUUCACCUCAUACAUCUAUGUUCUGUUCCACUGCAACUACCGGGUUCAAUCCAACUUCACUC